GCACUCCUGUGCACCAUGUCUGGUUCCUCCAGUGUCACCGCUAUGAAGAAAGUGAUUCAACAGCUCCGGCUGGAAGCCGGGCUCAACCGCGUGAAGGUUUCCCAGGCAGCUGCAGAUUUGAAACAAUUCUGUCUGCAGAAUGCUCAACAUGACCCCCUGCUGACUGGAGUAUCUUCAAGUACCAAUCCCUUCAGACCCCAGAAAGUUUGUUCCUUUUUGUAGUAAAAUGAAUUUUGAAGGUGUUCUAAACCACUUCUCUUGAACUGAUGAAUAUUCAAAGAGAGCUAAAUCUGAAGCCUGUACAAAAAGCUUACCCUAUAACAUGUGCCAUACUAUACAAACUUCUGCUUUUGUCAGUCCUUAACAUCUACCUCUCUGAAUUUUCAUGAAUUUAUAUUUCAAAAGAAUGAUUAUUUUAUAUACACUGGCAGCAGCAUACAAAUAAAAUACUUAGUAUAAAAAGAAAAAAAAA